AGUGUGCGAGAUUUGAAGUGCUGGUAUGGCAAAAUUUUAGUCUACGCAUGUCCCAUUCCGGCCAUUGUGUCUCGUCAGCUAACACCGCUCGGGAUGGAACUGAAGCUUCCUGACACUGGAUGGACAUGGGGCCUUUGUUGGUUUGGUGUAAUAGUGAACCUUUCCGUGUCCGUAGCCGCCGGCUAUCAAGUGAGCUCGAUCAAUGCACCAGCUAAACUCAUCCAAGACUGGCUCUGCACCGUCUUUGUUGACCGUUACGGAGUACAGCUUACAGCCAAUGCACUCCAAAUCGUGUGGUCCGUAAUAGUGUCUACAGUGUUACUCGGUGGAAUUAUUACCUCCCAUUUCAGCGGCUACAUAGCCACAACCUAUGGCAGAAAAAAAUCAUUCUUAUGCUGCGCACUCCUACUCACCGGCGGUGCACUAUGCUUCCUUUGCUGCCGUGCCGUAUCAUCGGUGGAACUGCUGCUGCUCGGACGGCUUCUGGUCGGGCUGGCAUCUGGCCUGACGACCGGUGUGAUCCCCAUGUACCUGGCGGAGGUUUCGCCAAUCAAACUGCGCGGUGCCAUGGGCGUGCUGUGUCCGUUGGGGCUUACCACCGGGGUAGUAGUGGCGCAGGUCGCAAGCCUCGAGCAGGCGCUCGGGACGGAAGAGCACUGGCACUAUGCUUUGGGUUGCUUUGCGGUGCUGAAUCUGUUCUGCUACGCCUUUUACUUUUGGAUCCCCGAAAGUCCCAAGUACCUGUACAGUGUGAAGGGCGAUCAGGCCGGGUCGUUGCGCGCCAUCCGGAAGCUUUUCGGGCGGCACACGAUCGGGGACGAUUACAUUAAGCUGCAGAUGGAAUGCGCCAACGGUCAAAACGGUCCCUCGGCUCAGGAAGAUGGCCAACCGCAAGCGAAUCGAUCGCUCUGGUCGGUGGUACGGGAUCCAACGCUCACCCUGCCGCUAGUGCUCGUGUGCGCUCUUCAGGGCGGCCAGCAGCUGUCGGGAAUAAAUGCGGUGUUUUUCUACUCAGUGUCCAUUUUUGAAUCGGUUGGAUUUAGCUCGCAGGCAGCCAAGUUUGCUAAUCUGGGUGUUGGCUGCUUGAAUCUGUUCGCAUCGCUGUUUGGACCGCUGUUGAUGGCUCGUUGCAACAGACGAACCUUAUGUCUGCUUUCGUGCUCUUCCUGUGCGAUCAUUCUCUUCGUUCUUACCCUUUCUAUACAUUUCAUCCACCUGAUUGACUGGUUUUCGUACGUUUGUAUUGGAACCAUUUUAAUGUACAUAAUAUUCUAUCAAUUCGGUCUCGGACCUAUUCCUUUCUUCAUUGGCUCGGAGCUUUUCGAUCUUGGACCUCGACCAACGGCCAUGGCGUUGGGAAGCCUUUCCUCCUGGGGGUGCAAUUUCAUCGUUGGGAUGGCUUUUCCAACGCUUCAAAACAUAUGGGGCGCAUUUGUGUUUCUUCCCUUCUCCAUCACGUGCGUGUUGUUGACGGUUUUGAUUAAAUUUUACCUUCCCGAGACGAGAGGCAAGGAGGUGGCCGAUGUGAUCCCGAAGGUAGCGCACGGUUUUCGUUCCAGAGUUAAGGAAUAAUUGUUAUGAGUUACAAAAAAACUAAAACAAGCGUACCAGAAUGCGCUGAAAUGAAAAUAAUUCUUUAAAAAUGCACCCAAACGAUAAAAUUUUUUAAAAAUAAACAACAAUUGGAACUGAUUAAUGGUUCAGAAAACAUG